AUGGCUACCCCGGCCCUUCCAUCACAUCCAGGCCCAGAUCACCUCGUUACUGUCAAAGUGCUCUUUAACGACAGCAACCGUCGCUUCAAGCUUCCGUUGAGAGAUCUUCGGGCUCAAGUGUUCCCGCAGAAGCUCCGCACUUUGCUCGGCGUUCCGGCGGAUGUCAACGUCAUCCUUGAACGCUAUUCCGACAGCGCCGGUUGUUACAUUCACUUAGACAGCGACAACCAAGGGGUCUACAAACAACUUUACCGAGCAGGCAAAGCCAAAUCCAAGCUUCGCAUUAAGGCUAGCACAGUCGAUUCAUCGGCCCCUGCGCCUACGGAGAGCUCGGCUGAGCUCGUGAAUCAGAACCCAACCCCUCCGAGACAUAGCUACCUGGACACUGUCUUAAGUUCCCCCAUUCCUGUAGGUUCCACUGAGACUCUUCCUGCCAACACUGCUUCAUCUCCUGCUCCUACUGCUGCCUUCGGUGAGUCACUGUCGACUGGAGUGUACGGAAUAAAGGAGCUUGCGAAUACAAGCGAGCCUCACUACCGCAAUUUCGAAAUGGAGAACGACACACUUCGCUUCCCAGUUAUCUCUCACAAUUCCCCUAGUGGGAUGUUCUGCAUUGAUUGCAACAACUGCGGUCGCUCAAUUGCAAAUGAGCACUUUCACUGUGGUAUCUGCGAGAACGGCGAUUACGACCUGUGCCCCGCAUGUGUCACGAACGGUGCUUUGUGCCGUGGAGAAGGCCACUGGCUUAUUAAGCGCUCGGUCGAAAAUGGCAUCGUGACCAACAGUACUACCGAAACCAUUCCGCCUCACCCAGCACAGGUCCAAGCGACCAAGCCCCUAUCCUCUCGGCCAGCACAAGAGCCAAUCGCCGAGACAGUGGCUCCCGUUCCUGCCCCAGCCCCUACGCCUGCUUAUGUGUCUCACAAGGAAGUGCCCGCUCAAGAGGAGAAGCCUAUGUGCAACGGAUGUUGUCGUGAGACUGAUGAGAGCAACUUGGUGCGCUGCAAUGAAUGCGAAGAUUACGAUCUGUGUCUCCGUUGCCUUCUGAGGAACAAGCAUGGUCAUCACCCUGCUCAUUCAUUUUCGCUUGGAUCGGAUCGCAACUUCUGCUUGAAGAACUUGAUCUUGUCUCGCUGUCUCCCUGGUCGUCAGUUCCAGCAUGCAGCUAUCUGUGAUGGCUGUGAGAAGAACAUUGUUGGCACCCGCCACAAGUGUCUUGAUUGCCCUGAUUGGGACUACUGUCCGGACUGCAUCGUAAAUGCUUCCCAGAGUCAUCCCAGGCACCGAUUUGCCCCAGUCUAUGAAGCCCUCGCCGAGCAGCAGGCUCAUGAUUGGGAGAUCCAUUAUGGCAUCUUCUGUGAUGGACCUCUGUGCAAAGACAAGCCCGCCCAGAGCUAUAUCAAUGGAAUUCGCUACAAGUGUGCCGUCUGCGAUGACAUUGAUUUCUGCGCCAACUGCGAGGCUCUUCCAACCCACACCCACAACCGAACCCACCCAUUGGUGAAGUUCAGGACUCCUGUUCGCACAGUGACUGUAAGCACUGUCACUGACGACCGCACCUUGGGCGACCAAGCUGCUGCUCCUGCUGCUCCUGUGUACUCUCCUGCCCAGUCUCAGAUCUCCCAUUGUACCUUCGAAACUUCUGAAGAGAAGGAGCCAGUUGUAGAGCAGGCGCCCGUGGAGGUUGAUGCGACCAAGCCUGAGCCCCCCUGCUCCGGCGAAUUGGCUGACUUCCAGGCUUAUUUCAUGCGCGAUACCAUCGCUGAUGGUACCAAAUUGCCUCCUGACACGUGCUUCCGUCAGACAUGGACCCUUUACAACCCCGGACCCAACGCUUGGCCGGUGGGUAGUGACGUUCGCUUCUCUGGUGGAGAUGCCAUGUUCAACGUUGACUCUGACCACCCGUCGGGCGUUGAAUCCAUCCACUUGGCAAUGAAGAGCAACAGUCUGAUUACCCCUGUGGAGCCUGGUAGUACUGCUGACUUUACUGUGAACCUCCGGAGCUCACAGCGCGAAGGCACUGCCAUCUCAUACUGGCGUCUCAAGCUGCCCAACGGUACUCCCAUCGGCCACCGUCUCUGGUGCGACAUUCAAGUCCAGGCUACUGCUGAACCUUUCAUGGCCGGGCCUGUGGAAUCUCACAUUUCCACCGACGACACCGAGAUCACCGGCAGCCGUAUGAUCUUCCCCAAGUUGGAGAAGGAGUCUCCUGAGACCAGCACUCAUGAAGCUGUAAAUGCCGUUCGCCCUCCCCCUACUAUUUCGACGGCUUCAGAAGGAGAUAUUCUCGAAGAUGUGGAGAGCCUCACUCUGGACGGGACCGACACUGACGCGGGUUUCCUGACCGACGAGGAGUACGAUGUUCUCGAUGCUAGCGACCAGGAGUUCCUGGAGGCGAAGCAGUCUCUACGGUAG